GGACUACAGUUAUUUACCCCUGAGCUUCAGACAGGACCGUAGUACCGGACAGAAGAAACAUUUAAGAUCCAAUACACAGGAUUUUUAUUUCACGCCGUUGGAAGCGAGCCUUCAUGGUCUUUGCACAGUUACGUCCCGUUUGAGUACAGGAGCUGUCAAAGGGGAGGCGGUACUGAAACAAGCGUGAUCUUGAUUUAAGCAACAAACCUGUACUUGAACAGGUUACUCAAACACUACUCAUAUUCUGGAGCGUCUGUUUCAACUCAUCAAAAACACAUGAGAGGGAGUUACUGGAGGAGCCAAUAAUAAGAUUUAACCGAGGUAUUGGUGGACUUGCCAAUGUGGUCACUCCAGUGACCUUUCAGAAAUUGCAGCAUAGGUUUCUGAGCACAGACACACAUACACAGAAGAAUGGCUGCAUUGGAAUUGCACUGUGGGCCGGAGCCUGGGAGUUGUGUGUGGGGUGGAGACAGAGCUGACCUGCUUGACAGUUUUGACUCCGAGAUGCAGGAAUGGGAAGAUCAGCUACAAGACAUGCAGAGGAAGAUUGAAGAGCUGUAUAAUGAGGUCAAAGCAAGAAGAGAAGCCAGCGAGAGCAGCUCAAACAACAACACAAACAAUAACAAUUUGGACAUUACUUUGCUUCCUGUCAACUCUCAGUAUAGCCACCAGGCCAAUGGUUAUCAUGAAUCCCGUGGUCACCCCAACAACAGCCUCCCAAUUCGUCAAUGCAGUGAAAUAAGAGCAGAUCCUUCAGUUAUGCAAAGCUUUGGCUUUCACCACCCCAGUGAAUACAGUAAUGACUCAAACAAUUGCAUGCUUAAUACCCUGAGCAAUGGCAGCCAUUACCCUGCCAGUUGUCACGAUCUUGAAAGGCAAGAUGCCACCCUAGACAUACUCAAUGGAUACCUUCAACAGGGCCCACAUUUUAGAAGGAACGCAGGGAAUUUCGGAGGUCCAAACACAAUCCAGAACUCCAAGGUAUAUCCAGUUACGCACAGCUAUCAAGACAGCACGAAGACCAGCCCGGUAACAAACAGGACUGCCUUGUGUGUGGUUCUGGAGGAGAUUGAGGCUGAGAACAAAAAGAACAAGAAAUCAAAUUGGGAUGACUCCCAAGACCGCCACGUUAGCUGGAAAGACCCGGUUUCAUCAAACGACCUUCCCCCUAAAAAUUCAGCUUCCAAACUGGCAAUCAGACAGAGAGAUGCUUCUCCUGUAACCCCUCGCUCCAUCUACCAUGAGUCAUCACAACAACCUGACAGGAAAUGCCUCUUGCUCGACAGGAAAUCUGGCAGCCCAUCAGUAUUGCGUAAGUUUGGUGCCAUGUUGCAGGAGAACGAGGGGAAAACCCUGAUAGAGGAUGGUCUUGUGACCACCGUUGUCUCCACUGAACCUCAGAGGCACACCAGCACUCCCAUUUGCCAGAGCAAGUUUGAUGCCAGACGGGCAUCCUCACGUGUGCCCUUCCAGAAAUGCCUUGCAGACUGUGACGCACUGGUAGCAGAUCUGGAGCCCAGCCAGGAGUCUUGGGCAGCUGGUCCUUCUAGACACCUCCUCAAUGGAGACAAAGACAGUGGGAAGGGUGGUUGUGUUCUUGAACAGCAUGGCUUGGCCUAUAACUUAAGCCCGACACAGUCUCACCUUAACUCAGGGGAUCACAAGGUGGCUUCACUGUCUAAAUCCCACAAAGCAGGCUUCCAGAGUGAGGACCUAUUUUCUGACUACCAGAUGGUGGAAAGGAUUCUGGGAGCAGGAUCUCAAAACUUCAGUAAGGUACACAGAGGACUUGGUGUCGACAUGAUGAGACUGGGAAAUGACAACUUGGAGCAACUUCUAGAAAUGAUGGAAAUGGAGAACAACAGAAGCCAGAGGGCCACAUUCACCCAGCAACUGGACAACAAGCAGGUCAACCGUGAGUCAUCUCCUGCACCCAGCAGUAGCCAUUUUUCUCGUCCUGCUCGACCAGCCAAUCAACGUCGUCCAUCCAGAUGGGCUAAGCAUAUUCACCCAAGCAAAAUCACCCACUCAUCCUGCCCACCAAGCCCUGGCAUGAAAGCCAAACAAUUCUUGAAUUCAUAUUCCCGGCACACAGAAACUGUCAUCAUGUGACCAGGAUACAAGAACCUUCAAAGGACAUUUUCACCCAAGGGCAAAGACGAAACUUUGACCUUUUGUAGAACACAAUCUACUUUUUUGUAUAUAUAACCACCACCAC